AGCGCGCCUGAACAGAAAAAAAGUACGACGACGAGAAAGCCGCGAAGGACGACGCAUUCCGCGCACAAGUACGACGCCGAAGCCGCGAAGGUCGAUGCCGCGCAAAGUACGACGACGAGAAAGCCGCGAAGGACGACGAAUUCCGCGCACGAGUACGACGCCAAAGCCGCGAGGGAGGUGCCGCGCAAAGUACGACGACGAGAAAGCCGCGAAGGACGACGCAUUCCGCGCACAAGUACGACGCCGAAGCCGCGAAGGACGACGAAUUCCGCGCACGAGUACGACGCCAAAGCCGCGAAGGACGAUGCCGCGCAAACGUACGACGAAGAGAAAGCCGCGAAGGACGAAUUCCGCGCACUAUGCCACCUAUGCCCACCUAUGCCACCUAUGCCACUUAUGCUGUCUUCGUCCCUUUUUCCUGGUGCUGUCCAUCACUUUCCGCCGUUACUGCCGUCGUCUCCAUUUGCUCCGCUUUUUUUCUUCUUGUUUUCCGGUGUCUGUUUGCGUGCGUUCUGCUGGGAGCGUACUCUGUUGUUCGGUGGUGUCUGGCGGUUUCCGCCUUCGUCGGGCGUUGGGGAGCGGUCCGGCCAUCCCAGUGGAUGUUUCUUCGAGGUAAAGGCAGGAUUGAGUUGGCAGUGGCAGUGGCACUGCUACAGCCACCGGGGGUUGAAGGGAUGUGGGGGGGCACAUGGGGAUAGCGAUGAUGGUAGAGCCGGUGGUGGGGAGGGGAACAACGCUCUGGUUGUGUAGGCAGCAGGAAUAUACCAUCGUGUCACAUGUACAGCGGCGAUUCUUGACAGCAAAUGACAACCCAAGGCGCCGAGCUUGUAUAUUUACGGUACGUACUGUGCUUUCUUUAAUACCUACAACCAUCUUUAUAAGAAGAGGCUUACUAACUGAUAUAUCCUUUUUCCUUUCAUUCUUUCCUUCUUCGUACUGCAUUCAACUCGGAUGUGGUUUGAAGAAGGCUACUAGAAACUU